CGAUGUUUGUAAACAACUAAAAUCAGCUUUUUUUGAAUUCGUUUUUUACGUUUAAAAAAUUGUUUUAAAAGUAUUUAAAAAUGAAUCCUAUGACCAACAUGAAAAACGUGCUCAAACUGAGCGAACAGGACCUGAAAUUCGGCGGCAAAAAUUCCUGGCAUGACCAGUACCGGGACAGCGCGUGGAUCUUCGUGGGCGGCCUUCCUUCCGAGCUGACCGAGGGGGACCUGCUGGCGGUAUUUUCCCAGUACGGUGAAAUCGUCAACAUAAACCUGGUGCGCGACCGAAAGACGGGCAAAUCGAAGGGCUUUGGCUUUAUCUGUUUUGAAGAUCAACGCUCGACGGUGCUGACGGUGGAUAAUUUGAACGGGAUUAAGCUGCUUGGGCGGACGCUGCGGGUGGACCACGUUUCGGAUUACAAGCCGCCAAAAGACGACAAAGCUGACGAGGAGACGCGGCGGUUGUACAUGGAGGGAUGUGCACCAAAGUAUUAGAAUAAAGUAAACAACUGUGUAUGAAU